CUUGUGAGUGCCAUGGAAGUAUUCGCGUGUAGGUUUUAAACCUUGUUUUUUGUAUCGUAAUUUGAAGAAAAAUUUUCUGUCACAAUUAAUAAUAUAUAUUUACUGAUAAGUAAUUUAAUUUUAACCAUUCUAUCUUCAAAAUCUGUUGUGCAGAAAGUUGAAAUAUAUAUUAAAAUUUAAAAUUAAAUCCGUGAACUGACUCAAAAUAAGUAUUAAGUAGGCUAAAAGUGGUAGCGUCUUUGGCACCAUCGUAUAUAAAAAACUAUUAACGACUCGUCCGGAAAAGGUGGUAACUCAAUUUCUGAGAGGUCUAUUUCUUACUCCUCUUAUGCGACAAACGUAAUGGCAGAGAACGGUUUAAACACCCAAGAUUUGGAAGCACAGAAGAAUGAGAUUUCAGAAUACAUAAAAAAGCCUCUGAAAAAAGGAGAUAUAUGGUAUCUUGUAGAUAGCCGAUGGUUCAAACAGUGGAAGAAAUAUGUUGGUUAUGAUGACUGGGACACUUGUAAUGCAGACAAAGAGAACACCCAUCCGGGUCCCAUCGAUAACUCUGCUCUUUAUAAAGAAGUUGGAAGUGGAGAGUUGAAUGAAUACCUGGUAGAAGAAAUAGGUUAUGUACUACUGCCUCAAGAAUGUUGGGAUCGGUUAGUGUCAUGGUACACACUGUUACCUUCCCAGGAUCCUAUUGCUCGAAAUGUAGUAGAGUAUGGAAUGUUUUCGAAACAAUGUAAGGUAGAAGUUUACUUAAUGGAGGUCAAGCUGUGUCAGAAUAAUGACCUGGAACACUGUAUAAAUCAUAAGUUCAGUAGGAGCAACACUAUAGAACAUGUAGAUAAUGUUUUUGGGUUUUAUUUCCACAGAACAUGUAGUUAA